AUGACUGCGGCUAUUAGAGCGCUUCGUUCGUGGGAGAUUAUACUGUUCUGUGUAUUUACAUCUGUGAUAUGUUGGCUGGCUAACCUCGUUAACCGACACGUACCGAUCCCGUACAUGGACGAAAUCUUCCAUGUUCCUCAGGCCCAACGCUAUUGCCGUAACGAUUUCUCCUAUUGGGAUCCGAAAUUGACGACACCACCAGGACUAUACUUCUCCAGUCUGCUGUUCAGCCUAAUUACUGAGUGCUCAAUCGACGUCCUGCGUGCGACAAACAUCUUGUUCUGUUUAGCCAACGUGUACAUGAUGCAUCACAUCCGUAAACAUCUCCAGAAAGACUCUACCUUGAUGUCCUCAGUGUCAAGUGUGCUCCUGCCUGUGAAUUUCUUCUUUACUUUCCUGUACUACACUGAUCCGGGCUGUAUCUUCUGCUUACUACUGGUGUACUUUUUCUACCUUAAAAGACGCCACAAUCUGGCUGCAAUCGCGGGCAUGAUUAGCCUAUUUUUCCGUCAGACUUCAAUAGUAUGGGUAUUUUUCGUAGCGUGCCUCACCCUAGAUGAACUUCUGCAACGACAUCUAAAAAACCCGAGGUCCGCGUUAACGCAAAAACUUACAGGCUUCCUCGGUGACUCAAUUAAAAACUGCGUAUGUUAUGCUCUCGUUGGGUUGACAUUUGUCGUGUUUCUGCGAAAGAAUGGUGGAAUUACACUUGGAGAUAAGCAGGCUCACGAAGCGGUGAUUCACUUUACACAGAUUGGCUAUUUUUUCCUUUUCACAUUGUUAUUUGGUACGCCGUUUCUUCUUAAUUUCGAAAAUCUAAUUCUAUUCGUCGAUUUCGUUACACGUCGACCUUUACAAAUCCUCUUCGGCUCUUUGGUAAUGUACGGUCUAUUUGAAAAUUUUCUUCACGUUCAUCCAUACCUUCUCUCCGACAAUCGCCAUUACACGUUCUAUCUUUGGCGAAGAUUUCUGUCAAAGGAGGCUGUGCGCCAGGGUUUGAUUGUCGUUUACAUCUUCGUUGGUUACUCCUUAUAUUCAUGCGUUCGGCACAUGAAGAGGUCGUGGAUUGUGUUGUUCGCGCUCUGUACGUCAAUCACAAUUGUGCCCCAAAAGCUGCUCGAGUUUCGUUACUUCCUUUGGCCGUACAUCCUCCUGCGGCUUCAUUUCCGCGAGCAGAGACAUCAAGUUUUGGCCGAACUCCUUUCAUUUAUAGCGAUCAACUGUAUGACGUUUUACAUGUUUCUGUAUGGCACCUUUAUUUGGCAACACGACCCCGAACACAUUCAGAGAUUUAUGUGGUAA